AUGUCGGGACCCGCCCCCAUCAAUUACCAACAGCUCAGCAAUAACCUCCAAGUUUUCUUUCAAGCGCACCCCCAGGUCGAUAACGUCAUCGGAGCAGAAGCCUACGCGCUUCUUCAACAAUGUCAACAUGGUCUCGCUCAGUAUGCAACGGAUUUGCAGGAGAUGGAAGGGGAGGCUGAGAGGGCAAGAGAAAUGUUUGCACAAGAUCUUGCUGCUGCCAGAGCUCAACAGGCUGCUGUUGAAAUUGUUGCUCCUGACGAACCGCCCAUCGGAGACGAGCCCCCAGUCGCACCCCCAGUACUACCUGUUGCAGCCACUACCCAUCGGUCGGAGAAGCUCCCAGACCCUGAGGUGUUUAGGGGGGAUCGUGAUCGAGAACGACUCCACCUAUUCAAACAACAAAUGAGAAUUAAGUUAUUGGGUAAUGUCGAUCGCUACCCAACGCUACAAUCAAAGUUAUCCUAUGCGUUCAGCAGACUGGAAGGCGUAGCUGCCAACCAGUUCCUACAGUAUGUCGGCGAAGAAGGAAUUGCUUUGCCCUCCAUGUUACGGUUUUAUGAGAUUUUAGACACCGCUUUUGGGGACCCUGAUCGGAUGCGCACGGCGAGAAGGAACCUCCGGAACAUCCGCCAAUGA